CUUCUACCUAUCCCUUAGUGCCAUGCCACAUUAUGUCCUUCUCAAAACAAACCCCUCUCCUUCUCCUCCUCCUCAUCUUCCCUCUUCUAAACGCCUCACACCCAAAUCCUUGCUACAAUUCUACAUGUGGAAGAGGGAAGAUAGACGUCCGUUUCCCUUUCUGGCUAUCCUCCAAGCAACCUGAGUCAUGUGGUGACACAGGAUUCAAACUCGUAUGCACUGACCGCAAUGAGACAGCCUUGGAGCUUCCUAACUCCAAACCAUUCCUAGUCCAAGGGAUCGAUUAUAGAAGGCAGCGAAUUCGACUCAGCGACCCGGAUAGUUGCUUGGCCAGACAGCUCCUCAGCUUUGAUGCUUCAGGGUCUCCUUUUUCUCUGUUUCUUCCUCGUAGCUACAGUGUUUUGAUCUGUCCUAAGGACGAGAAAGUCUCACCAUCUUUCAGAUCCAUCCAUUGCCUUGGUAAUUCCACUUCCUCCUUCUUUGUCACGGAGUCGGAACAGGUCAGUUUGAUGCCGUCUUCUUGUCAUGUCUUUAAGACGUUACAUCUUCCGUUUUCAUUCCAUGGUGACAUCAACUAUCAAGACCUGUGGCUCAAAUGGGACACACCGGAUUGCAGAUAUUGUGAGAGGAGUGGUUCAAGUUGUGGGUUUAUAAACAAUACCACACGUCAAGUCCAAUGCUUAAGUUCUGUAAAUUCAGGACUUCACAACAAAAGCUUACAAGUACUAAAGAUAAUCUGCCUCUCUCUAAUGGGACCAUUCAUCGCCCUGACCUUCUGCGUCGCUCUUGUCCUUAGUAGUUCCGAGAGAGUCUCUUCCCAGAUACAACACGCCAUGGCCGUAACACCGGAGCCAGCAAGCGACGUCCAAGUCAUCACGAGGACGGGUCUCGAUGAGUCUACGAUUGAGUCUUACAAGAAAGUUGAGUUAGGUGAGAGUAGGAGGCUCCCGACCGGGUCAAACGAUGUUGUGUGUUCCAUUUGUUUGUCGGAAUACGCAACCAAAGAGACCGUUAGGUGCUUACCCGAAUGUGAGCAUUGUUUCCAUGCUGAAUGCAUCGAUGCGUGGCUCAAGUUGCAUAGUUCGUGUCCGGUUUGUCGGAGCAAUCCCUCUCCCGCACGUGAAGGGUGCAACUAACUUUGCAAUAUAUGAAUUAACUCUGUUUAACGUACAGCAUGUAUAUAUAAUUUGGAUUUCUU